AAGAAGGGCGGAGGGUGCGCGCGUUUGUGCACGCGCUCGCUCCCCGCUCUCAGUUGCUUCACUUAUUGCCCGCUGGACGCUGCCGGGAUGAGUUCUCCGUUAGGAUAGCGGUGUGGCUGUGAUUCCUCUGCCAUUUUGUGCGAGACCUACUAACCUAAGGGAUCCAUACUGAUCACGUCGUAACUACAAAAAUAUCCAAAGAAUAAGUUAAUGUAAAAGCAUCAUUGCACAAACAAUGUGUUCUGAAAACCACCCCAGCUGGGUCAAGUUUGAUGAUGACAACACAGCCUUCCAGUUGCCACAGAAGCCUCUGCAGUCCCCAGACACUCAUACCAGCAUCCCCAGACCCAAUGGAUUGAAACUAAACCUGCCUCCUUACCAUGAAUACUCCAGAAGGUCUUCCUCCUUAAGCAGCAGUCCAUUAACAUCGCCUCUGACUUAUUUCAAUGGGAGCCCCUGUGUUCCUAGUAAUACACCACUAUGUACACCAAUUAGAGAAACGCCAGGAAGCUCUUUUUCCAUGCAGUCAGGAUUAUAUAAUCCAUUUGCAGUUUUCAAGAUGUCUUUACCAUCUAACAGCAAUUCAUCUUCAUUGCUUGUUGAGGAUAUCAGUUCAGAUUCUCAAAACACCACCAGGGUCUUCACAGCAGAGCCUUCCAUAUCGCAGACUGCAUUCACCCCAGAGAUGUCUGGUCAGUUCCUUCCUUUCCAAGAGGACAAUGGUCAUUCAAACCCUUUUCUGAUCGAAGCGCAACAGUCAGGGAGUUCCUCCUCAGGUUCUGAACAUAACUUAUCUGAGAACAAUUUCUCUCACUUUUACUAUAAAAAAGAGAAAGGUGAUCCCCGUCGAAGCCAUAUUCAAAAUUCCUUCAACUAUAUUUGUGAGAAACUUGCCAGGCUUCAGGCCUGUGAAACAGAAGAGCGGUCAGCGUUGCAUCAUAACCCUGAGUCUCGUGGCUUUGUCCCACAGGGCCUGUUUUGUAGUGAAAACCGAGAUGGCUGGCCUCUAAUGUUGAGAAUUCCUGAAAAGAAAAAUCGAAUGUCAUCACGCCAAUGGGGGCCAAUUUACCUCAAACUUUUAAGAGGUGGUGUUUUGCAAAUGUACUAUGAGAAGGGCUUAGAGAAGCCUUUCAAAGAGUUUCAACUGAACCCCUAUUGUAGGCUUUCUGAGCAUAAGGUAGAAAACUUCAAUGAGCCAGGAAAAAUUCAUACUGUAAAGAUUGAACAUGUUUCUUAUACAGAAAAAAAGAAAUACCAUCCUAAAGCAGAAGUGGUCCAUGAGGCAGAAGUAGAACAACUCUUGAAAUUUGGAAGCACAUCCUAUGGUGAUUUUGUAGAUCUGUUAAACACAAUUGAGGAAGAACUAAUGAGCCUGCCAGGCCACUCACUUCAAAGAAAGCAUUAUGAAGAGCAAGAGCUGACACUAGAAAUUGUAGACAACUUGUGGGCACAGCUUUCAAAGGAUGGAACGAUUAUUGAAAACACUGUUAUAACCCGGGUUUUUUGCUUGGCAUUUGUCAAUGGCAGCAUUGAUUGUUUCUUGGCUUUAAAUGACUCUGAACUUCAGAAUCGAGACCCAAAUUACAGUGAGGAUGUGAGUGAGAACUGGAUAGACAUUGCUGACUACUCUUUUCACAAGUGUGUCAAAGAAGAUGAUUUUCAAAAUCUGAGAAUUGUAAAAUUUAUGCCUCAUGAUGCCUGCAGAUUUGAGCUAAUGCGGUUUAGAACACUUUCAGCUAAUUGUGAUCUGCCAUUCUCAAUAAAAGCAGUAGUUACUGUGCAGGGAGCCUACAUUGAACUGCAGGCAUUCUUGAACAUGUCUACCAUUUUGGUGCAUUCUGACUAUUUACCAGCAUGUGAAAAUGUUGUUGUUCAGAUACCUGUUCCAGGAGAAUGGAUAAAAGUCUCUCGCACAGUAAGCCUUCUCAGGCAGAAGUCUUUAAAAUCUAAAAUGAACAGAAAUGCCUGCCUUGGAUCUGUGAGUACAGCUGAAACAGAGCAAGUCAUGCAGGUCACAACUGGCACAGUUAAAUAUGAGGAUGCCUUUGGAGCAAUUGUGUGGAGGAUUGACCGACUGCCAGCCAAAAAUGCACCACCGGAUCAUCCACACUGUUUUUCAUGUAGACUUGAACUGGGUUCAGAUCAAGAAAUCCCAUCCAACUGGUACCCUUACAUAACAGUGGAGUUUGAAGUGGCUUGUACAGCAGCCUCCCAGACAAGAGUCAUUUCCUUGGGCAUUGAAAGCGACAUUCAGCCACAGAAGCAUAUAUUUAGCAAGGCUCGCUACCACUGCCAGGUGGAAAUAGACAAAAAGUGGAUCCAUGAAGAAGAUGAGCCAAGGAAACACAAUGGAAUGCUUGCAGCAAUGAUGAAGUGCAGAAGAAUUACAAGCCUCAAGAGGACAAAAGGCCUCAAUAAUUAAACCCUACAAUAUUUCAAAUACUGAAGCUGGCUAUGUAAGGCUUAAUGCUUCUGUGCUUAAUUUCCACUGUCUCUAUUAAGUGAAACAAAAGGAGAAGGUAACUUAAUUUCCUAGAAGGUUAACCGUAAUACUAAUGUUCAGAUCAUGAGUACUAAACUGUGUUCUUAGGGCUGUAUAUAAUAUGCAUUGAGCAAAGACUUUUACACUCAAACCAAUAUGUGCAAUAAAUAUGCGUUUCUUAUA